UUCGGUUAUCAAUAUCAUCGUUGAUUAUUUCAAAUAUUUCAUUUCAGAAUAUCCUACAAUUUAUCCUUCGGGAUUGGGAAGAUCGAAAGGGAGUUUACCUUGAUAAUUGUGUCAAAUAGAUAAAAUGGUUUGAGGAAUUCGAAUGGCUUUCUUUCGUUUUCAACGUUUGGGAUUAUAUCAAUCCGGAAAGCAAAACCGAAAUCCCAAAGCAAUCUGACGAACCCGAAUUCUACACCAGAGACGCCUCGCCAGACUAUUCGGCAAUCGUAGAGAACCUUCGAGAAGCGGCGGAGGCAAGAUACAGAAAAGAACAAAGGCAAAAACUGGAAGAUUUUGAAAUGGAGAUCAUCAUAUACAAUAUUCUUUUUGAUAGAUGGUUCAAAAUCCAAACUGGAUGUGAUCGAAUCACAGAAUGGAUGAAUCAGUCGGUCUCUAGGGCCAUGCUCAUUCGUACCCAGCUUUCCAUUACGGAUCCCAGAUCAUUCUCUGCUAAAGCUGUCGUCACUGCUCUCCAAAAGGAACUAGCUCCGAUUUCCGAGUGAAACCAAUUCUUCUAAAUCUUGCAUAUAGUAACUCUGUGAUUCAUCACAGCUCUCCACUCUCGCUUUCCAAGUCCAGCCCUCCCUUAACAUGCUUUGGUUCCUAACCAUCGCUCGAGGUAUUGCAGGUGUAGGCGUAGGAGGUGAAUAUCCCACCUCAGCAGCCGCAGCACUCGAAGGAUCAGCCGAUCAUUUCAAUAAAAAAAGAGGUCCUAUCUAAGUCUUCAUCUCUACCAUGAUGUCUACAACUAGUUCUCCUACAUGCAUCUUAGUUUAUCUUCUCUCUCUACUCGCAUCGAAUAAUAAUCUCACCGUCGCUUUCCACGCUAUCUAUAGCAUAAGUACCAUUCUCCCUCUCUUCAUCAUCCUCUUCCGUCUCCGCAUGAUAGAUGGAAAACUCUUCCAAAAAUCUAAUCUCAAAAAUCACGCCAUACUAUGGCGCUUCAUCAUGCGCAAUACGGACUCAGAUGUCUAGGCACCAGCACCGCAUUUUUCCUCUACGACUUUGUCAAUUUCCCAAAUAAUAUCAUGAGCGUCAUAGCUACUAUCAUCAAUAUUCUCGUCCCGGGAAAAAAUAUCCGCAUAGUAGCAAUCUGGCAAUUCAUCCUCGCUAUCUUCCCCAUCCCAGGCGUCCUCCUAGGAAUCUACCUUAUCAACCGCAUCGGAAGAAAAUACACCGGUAUCCUCGGUUUCGCGGGCUACAUCACCCUCAGUUUCAUUAUAGGUGCAACCUACUCUACCCUCACUACUCCUACCAAUCUCUCUCCCUGCGUUUAUAGUCCUCUAUGGAAUUUUUGCCCCGAUGGGUCAUAUGGGCCCGGGAGCAACGAUCGGACUUAUUAGUGCGGAGAGUUUUCCGACUGCGAUUAGAGGGUUGGGAUAUGGAGUUAGUGCGGGGUUUGGUUUGGGAAGGCGGGGACGGCGGUUGGGACCCAGGUUUUGG